UGUUCAUUCUGGGUUUAAGCUUCAGUGGGGUUGGAUCAUAAUUCAUAAAUGCAAUUUAAAGGACAUACAUUUUAUUAAACAAACUCUCAAUAUCUUGAAAUAAAUUGAAGUAAGAAGGGAUACUUGGAUAAAUCAACCAUACAUGGAAAUAUCUAGAAUAGCCUGAUGCUUAAAUUUCAACCCCAAUUUGCCAAGACGAAGUACCCACAGGCCUACGCGGUUCAUCAGCACCAGACUCAGGUCAGGAUGCCUGUGUUAACCCGAGACCACCUGGCCCUCCGCCUACGUCAAAACUGGAUGGAAAAAUAUCCCAUGGACACAUGCAGUAAUGGGGGUACAAAUCUUGAUGACAGCCUUACGAGCUUAAACUGGCUGCAGAAUCUUAACAUCUUGAAAAUCACCACACCGACUCCACCAUCAAGCCCAGGACCUACCUUUGGAGAUUACAAAAAUAUUAAAGUGAAUCCCAACUCAAUUCUAAAUGUGGCAUGUGGCCCUCCUCCCACUAAAAUGUUUGAAAUGAGAUUUCCCCCACCAGACACCCCGCCAAUGACUCCAACAACUUUGGGGGGCGAUUCCAUAGACUACAAGACAAAUCCAUAUGUGAAACCGCCUUACUCAUAUGCAACUCUCAUCUGUAUGGCUAUGAAGGAAACUAAGAAGAGCAAGAUAACCUUGUCAGCAAUAUACAACUGGAUUACAGACAAUUUUAUGUAUUACAGAUUAGCAGAUCCAAGUUGGCAGAAUUCUAUCAGGCACAAUCUUUCCCUGAACAAGUGUUUCCAGAAAGUUCCUCGCAGAAAAGACGAGCCAGGUAAGGGAGGGUUCUGGAGAAUCAACCCAGAAUACAGCGACCUCAUUGAAAAUGGUGUGUUCAAGAAACGCAGAAACAGUCGGGACGGACAGACAACACCUACAACCAGUUGUUCUCCAACAAAUGUUCCAUUUAGUUUAAAACGUGUUAAACAAGAGCCUGACGAUAGUGGUUAUGAAGAAAUUGGCUACAGUCAACCUACAAAAAUUCGCAGACUUGACGAUGGAAACAGUGUAUUACAUUUUGGUGCUAGUGAAGAAGAAGGACAUCUUAAAGGUGAUUUUAACUGGACCUCAAUUCUUAAUCAAGAUAUAGAAAUUGGAGGAAUUAAAAUUAAAACUGAAGACUUAAUAGACACUAAUGACGAUGCUGCUAGUCCAAUCAUGGCAAUGAGCCCACCAUCAUCUGAUUCAAACUCAGUUUCAGACUUUGGUUUAGAUGAUCUUUUAGGUGAUACUGACUUUUCAAAUUCUGGAUCUCCAUUAGACUUGCAAGCAACAGACUGUUUGAGCCUUGCAGUUGUCGGAACUGGCAUUAAGGCUCCAGAUUGGUGGGCGGAUAGUUUUAAUGGCGGUGAAAGAGGGCUGUUACAAAAUAUUGAAAACAUUGAGACGAGAAGUGGACUAAAUACUCCUGUAGCCUCUCCUGUUCAUGAGUCUGACAUUACUGGUCACCCGUGGUUUGACCGCGCAGAAAUCAACCUAGACACUCCCUUUGAUGUGGACAACUUGUUUGAUAUUGAAAAUAUCCCUAGUCCACAUGUAUAGAAAACUCAGUUUCUGUGAUUUUCUCAUUAGAAUGUAAGGUCUAUCGAUGCCUGUUGUACUAGAACUGUUAAGUUUGAAUUUAAUGCUAGCUGAUUGAAGGCUAGUAUUUUGACUCAAUAUGAGUACAAUUGACAGACCUUACAAAAAUGUCGGUGUGUUUCAUUAUAUUGCUCUUGUACUGCCAGUUUGUCAUUGAAUGCAGGCAUAAUAGUCAUUAUCUGAAAGAUUUAAACAGUUGAUAAGGCUUGAAACUUGUGUAAACAUAAAUAGAUUAUAAUCUUUUGACAGUUUUUGAAGGGUAAUCAUGUCCGUAGAAAUUUCUUUCAUGUACAUUCAAGUUAUGCUUUAUAUAAAUAACAGAGAAAUACUUUCUAAUUUCUAAAGAAUGCUGUAUAACUUUUAUAAUACCCUUUUUAGAUUUCUACUUUUUACUAUAAUCUUUCAAAGUAGUUAUUAAUCUGAUCAUGUUUGAAAUUAUUGGAAAUAAUCAAUUUUACAACAUAAAAUCAUUUUUUAAUUCAUCUCGAAAAACAUUUAAUCAUAAUCCUCAUUAUUUUGAUAUCAUCAUUAGGCUUUUAUCAGUUACAUUUAUAUUUUUGAUACAUUUGAGAGUGCUUGUUUUUGAUAAUGCAUAUAUGUUAGUGUUUUUGUUAAAUAUUGGUGAUUGAAAAUACCAAUGUUAUAUAUAACUAGUGCUAUUAUGCACUAAACAAAUAUUCAAGUGGCAGGAUCCAAUUUAAAACUUACAGACUGUUACUUUUAAACAUUAAUGAAUUUUUUUUUUUUUAGCUGCAACAUCAUUACAAAACACUUACAUGAUGUUUAAAUAUUUUCAUAUUCGCAAAAAUGAGAAAAAAAACAUCAUUAAUCUUUAAGUAUAUUUUUUACAUUUUUACAUUUCGUUUAUUCGAAACAGAAACCCACUGUUAGGCCAAAAAAAUGCUUUGGUUAGAGUUACAACCUUUUUAUAAACAUGUAGGGUAGGUAGGCGUUUUAUUUUUAUUUAUUUUUUUAUAAGACUUUAUGUAAGAACAUAAUUGUCACUAUUUGAGAAAAGUAUUAAAGUAAGCUUCUGUAUAAAGCUUAAAAGAUUUAAGCUAUAUAUUAAAACACACAUUUAAAAAAAGAAACAAGUUUUUACCAACUGACUAUAAAAACAGUAGAGUCAGCACCUAUUUCGUAGGUAGGGUCGGGUAACCCGAACCAAAUGUAUCAUUUUUAGGCCUAAGAAAACUUCUUCAUUUUGACAUUAGAAAAAGUUUUAUUUUGACUCCUGCCUUUGGGAUUGUGCAAACUAUUAUUGUCAUUUUUGAAUGACUUCCUUAUCAUUAUCCGUCCACAUUUGUUCCGUCCAGGAAAUUAGAUUAUAGUAUUUAUGUAGUAUUUAUUCAUAGUAAUAUAUUUGGCUGGGUCGAACACUUAUUGUCUUUUUAUUGCAUGGCUUUUGUUGACUUUAUAUUUAAGAGCCCCUUAAGUCUUUUAAAGAGAUUUUAAUGUUUGAUUUUGGCGCUAGUGUACAUUAGUGUAAAUAGUUUUAACUAAGAUUAUAUUUUAUUGAAAUAUUUGUAAAUCAUGUAAAUAAAACAUUCCUAUUUAUUUAAAAAAAUAAUAUAUUAUACAAAAAGUGUGCAUGAAUAUAUGUGAUAUCUUAUGUGUUGAAAAAAAAGACACAAAUGGUUAUGUAUAAAUUACUGUAUCGUUGUUAAAGAGAAGUAUAAGUAUUGUUUUUGAUAAAUUGUACAAAAAAGUUGAUUUGAAAUAUCCAGUAUUGUAUUAUAGUACAGAAUACCUCAAAGAUUAAUAAUUGUACAUGAGAGCUUAUUGAUUGAACAAACAAGAUUAAAUAUAUUGAUAAAUGGCAGUGCUAUGAAAGAUUGAUCCUGUUAUUUCAAUUUUUCUAAAAUGUGACAAGUUUUUACUUGAUGAUUGCUUAUUUGCCAGCAGUGGAAUGGGAAAAAACACAACAACAACAAAGUUUUAACACUGUUUUUAAAUGUCUGAGAGCAUGUUAUUAUUGUGUUGAGUUUUUAGUUAUGAAAAAAAAGAGUAAAAAGUAAAAAAUAUGAUAUAUAGUUUAAGCUGUUUAAUUGAAUAGCAAAUCUUUAAGCCAAUGUAUGAUUAAAAAUGAAGGCAUUAUUGUCUCUAAGUAAAGUGUAUUGAACUUUUUAAUUAUAUGAAAAAUAUUAAAAAAAAGUCAAAAUCUUAAACACAGAACAGUCUCUGAAUGAUUGUAAAUACUUAUUAAUUGGGCCAGUUUUAUGUGUCUAUCAUUGUAUUAUCUAAGCAUUGCUUGAAAUGUUUUCAGUACAGUAUUUUUAAUAUGUGAUAUGUAGUUCAGCAAACAUCUCAUAGAUAAAAACAGCCACAUACUAGAUCUCUAACAUUUCUAAGUGAUAAGUGCUUGUUUUUUUUGGUAAUUAUUUUUCUUUUGGUUGAGCUUUUUGCAUGUUUGAUGGGUAAAUGUUUCUGAAUUUGAAAAGCCUGUGUUCUUCAUACCAUCAAAUAAUUUCUUUGGCAUGCAUACCCUCGUAUAAAAACAUACUAAAACAUUUAAAAAAAGAAUCAUCUUCGAUUGUACAAAAUACAAAAAAAUCAUCCAGUAUUAACCCAUUUAGUAUUCUCCAUAAUUAUUUUACCAAUUUGAGUAUGAAGCUGACUUAUAUGUAUUAACAUUUGUGUGAUAUAAGUGUUGGUCAGUAUAAAGAUUUGAAGAAAUAAAAGUUUGAAAAAUUGAA